UUGUCGAGCUUGUCUAUUGUCAAUCAAUCUAACACGUUAAAUUAUAAUGUUUGAGAAGUUGCAAUUUUAAUUUAAGUUGCAAAUAAAUCAGAAAGGUUUAACGUUAAAUAUAGAACUGUCUAAACGCUAAUCUUUCUAGAGAAACUUAAUACAUAUAAAGACUUGUAAGCAAGCCGGCAAACCGUAACCAUGAAUUCAGACCCUACUUCUGAUGAUGAUUCCAGCAGUGAUGUCAGUUCAGUGCCUUCAAAGCGUGCAAGGACUGAUACUUUUGGAGCAUCAUCCACAACUUCACAUGGUUCAGUUUUACCAGAUUCUGAUGAUGAUGAUGAUGAUGAAACUACAGAUGGAUAUGAUCACCCACAAGCCACUGGAAAGAAACAAAUGAAAAAGAAUUAUACAGAGCAGAGUCCAGAAAGCAAUUUAAGAUUAAGCAGAAGCAGCUUGAGUGAGAAUUGUUCAUCCCCUAAUGAACAAUAUGAUGACUACAGACCUGGAUUUGACAGUGUAGAUACUGACAAUGACCAUGUUGAUGCAAAGCCAAGUUUUCAAAGUGCCAAUGACAAUGCUUUCUAUAGCAAAAAUUCUGAUAAUUCGGAAAUAAUUGACAGUGGACAAUAUUCAGAAAAGUCAAAACGCAUGAUGAGCAAUAUGGGUUUUAAACCUGGUAAAGGUUUAGGUAAAUUUGAACAUGGUAGGGUGGAGCCUGUAGAGGCAUCAACACAAAAGGGUAAAAGAGGUCUGGGCUUUCAAGCUUCUGUUGUCGGAGAAGCUCCUAAAGAUUUUCAAUGGUCACCAGAAACUGCUACUCCUCCAACAGCUGUGGAAGAAGUACUUUGGUUGCCAUCAUCACCAUCAGAACCCCUCUCUGGUGCUGUCUUACAAGAAUGGCUACAAAUUGGCCCUAAAAAAUUGACAAUUGAGGAUGAAACAAACUUUGUGGAACCACGUAUAUUGCAAGGCAUUUUAAAAUCUAAGUCUAUUUUCGACACCUUGGAUGAUGAAGACUUAAAACAUGCACGAUUCUGUAGUAAUCCAUAUGAAACUAUUGGUGCAGUCAUCUUUUUGAACCGUGCCGCUGUUAAGAUGGCCAACAUAGAUGCGGUGUUUGAUUUCAUGUUCACCAAACCUACAAAAUUGACUGGUGAACCGGCAGUUGGCAACAAGGAUUUGCUGUAUUUUGCUGAUGUUUGUGCUGGUCCUGGAGGUUUCUCUGAAUAUGUUCUGUAUCGAAAAGGCUGGCGUGCUAAAGGUUUCGGUUUUACAUUAAAAGGUCCAAAUGACUUCAAACUGUCGGAUUUUUACGCCGGUACACCUGAGACAUUCAAUCCUUAUUAUGGCGUUAAAGAAGAUGGUAAUGUUUUCGAUCCAGCCAAUCUAGCAUCCUUAAAAGAUUUCGUACUGAGUCAAACAGAUGAUCAAGGCGUACAUUUUCUUAUGGCUGAUGGUGGAUUUUCUGUAGAAGGGCAAGAAAACAUACAAGAGAUCCUCUCUAAGCAGCUCUACUUGUGCCAAUGUCUCGCCGCCUUGAUGCUCGUGCGGACAGGAGGAAAUUUUGUGGUCAAACUGUUUGAUGUGUUCACGUUAUUUAGCGUUAGCCUCGUUUACAUUAUGUACCGAUGUUUCGAAAAAGUGUCUAUCCACAAGCCGGUUACUUCAAGACCUGCUAAUUCAGAAAGAUACUUAGUAUGUAAAUGGAAGAGGGUCGGCACUGAGUCAGUGGAGCAGCAUCUGUUCUCAGUGAACUCCAUGCUGUGGAGGGGUCUGGAUAAGGAGAGUGACGUCACGUCGCUCGUGCCCCUGUCUGUACUUCAAGAAGACACCGAGUUCUGUGAAUACAUUUACAAAAGCAACUGCAUACUUGGGAAAAAUCAAAUUGAAAACCUACUCAAAAUAGCUGCAUUUAGUAAAAACAAAAAUUUAGUAGAACCUAGUCAAGCAACCAUGAGAUCAGAAUGUUUAAGUCUGUGGCAAUUGCCGGAUAAAGUGAGGACUCAGCCUGAAAGAUUGAACCCUGAUGAAACAAUGAUGAGGAUAUUAAAUGGCAUGAGCAAGCGCACUUCAGAUGCGCACAAUGCGCGUUCAUUCAAAACUAUCGUGUUGGGCAAACAGCCAGCGUACUUAGAGAAGAUAUCUGAUAUAGGAAUACUGAGGAAUGUCUACGAUUGGCAUUUCACAUUUUUGAGCAGCGAAAAAAAUAGUAAUGACACGAAAAUGUUUUUAGGGUGUGGAGGUAAGAGAGUGUUUCAAUUGGAUAAAACUGGUUGGAGAAAUCUUGGUGAUUUGCAGACCUUUAUAAAUUUGCCUCCGAAAACACUUUUUUAUGGUGAGCUUGUGAAGGAGUACUGUGGACAAGGACUUAAUCAACAUUUCAAUAAAGCAAUUCAUGUCAUUGAUGCUAUAAUGCUUGGUGGUAUUGACAUUUCACAUAUGUCAUUAACGGACAGAAUAAAUCAAUGCAAUUUGUUUUGCACUGCUAUAGAGAAGAAUUCUGGCGAUUUGGAAAAAUUAUCUAGCGAUGUAGCACUUCGAUGUAAGAGAUUCUUUAACAUGGAAAACUUUUCAUCAGUUGUAUGCAAUUUAGAAUAUAGAACUAUGAAAAGGGGAAAUAAAGUUGUUACUACUAAAGCACCAAUGAGGAGCAGAGGAAAAGAGAAAUACUAUGUCGUUGGAUCUGUACUGUUUAUGAAGGAGGUCAGAGACCCAUGGAUCGCACAAAUAUCUAAAAGCACAGGAUGCAAGUAUUAUUUCAAGAUAGGGAAAGAUGGAGAACGAAAAAGCGAAUAUCAUCUUUUAGAAGAGUCGCGCUUAGACAUGCUAUCCACGUAUUCCAGUCGAGUCUUGUGGCCUUGGGAAGCUGCUGCCAUUCCGAUAUUCGAAGGACAACCGAAUGUCGGAAUUUCAAAGGUUGACAUGGAAGAAUAUAUUUCAAAAAAUAUGAUAAGAUAAUGUAUAAGAUACCACGUAAUUUAUGGAAUAAAAUUCAA